GUGUAUACCUUCUCUGGGCACUCUCUGUCGUUAUCGUGGCCUUGACAUUCCCCUUCUCCUUGUGCCUGUGCAUGAAGGUUGUUCAAGAGUACGAGAGGGCCGUCAUUUUCCGCUUGGGCAGACUCACUUCCAGUGGACCACGAGGCCCAGGUUUGUUUUUCAUCGUGCCCUUCAUCGACUCUUGCACCAAGGUUGACCUUCGCACUGUCUCCUUUGACGUUCCUCCACAAGAGGUGCUGACUAAAGACUCGGUGACGGUGGCUGUGGACGCUGUGGUGUAUUAUAGAAUCGUGGAUCCCAUCAUCUCUAUCACCAACGUCAUCAAUGUCAACCGAGCCUCUCAGCUUCUUUCCCAGACCACGCUACGGAACAUCCUUGGUACCAGAACCCUGUCAGAGAUCUUAUCGGAACGAGAGACCAUCAGCUGCUCAAUGCAGGAAAAUCUGGACAAUGCCACUGAUCAGUGGGGUGUGAAAAUUGAAAGAGUUGAAGUGAAAGAUGUUCGUCUACCCUUUGAGUUACAACGAGCCAUGGCAGCGGAAGCGGAAGCCUCCAGAGAUGCGCGAGCAAAGGUGCUGGCAGCAGAAGGCGAACACAAAGCAUCACGUGCUCUCAAGGAAGCGGCUGACGUCAUUUCCGAGUCUCAACUAGCUUUGCAGCUCCGUUAUCUCCAGACGCUGACUGCUAUCUCUGCGGAGAAAAACUCUACAAUCAUUUUCCCAUUGCCCAUUGAUUUUGUUCAGAGCUUUAUGAGGCGGUAAAACGGUGAUAGUAUUUGAGGUUUCUGGCGGUGCACAGUCCACAGUACAUGUAUGUAGCAGCCAGAGAGUUGGGGAAAAGGAAUGUC